CAUCGAUACAAUUUCUUUCACAACAACAAAGAGAGAAAAACAGAAACCACCAGAUUUGAUUUUUUUUUGUUUUGUUUUAUAAUCAUGUCUAAACCUAUACGCUUGGAUUACAAUCACAAAAUCAAAAACGAUCCUGAACCAGAAGAUGCGGGCACAAUUAGAAUCAAUGCAAGGGUCUUCCGUGAAGCUGAUAUCUUGACAUACACGACGUUGUCGUUUCCCGACGAACUCGUCAACGAUGAAUGUCAAAGCAAAGUGGUUUUGAUUCAUCUCUUGAAGGAAGCUGGGAUGAGCGACUACGAUACUGCACAUAUGAUGUAUCACUUUAUUGGUUAUGUUGCUGAAAUAACUUCUUCCGCAAGUGAAGGGUAUUCUCCAGGGUGUGCUUUAGAAGUGUCGUUGGAUCUUCUUCUUAUCGAUGAGAGUUAUAUUGAAGAAGCGGUAAAAGUCUCGUUAGAGUACGAAAUCAAACAGGAUCUUGAACCAGAAGAUGCCGGCACAAUCAGAGUCGAUGCAUUGAUCUUCUGUGAAGAUGAUAUCUUGACUUUCACGACUUUGUCCUCUGCCAACGAAUUCAUAAUCGAUGAUCGUGACGAGUGUCAAAGCAAAGUAGACUUGAAUGAUUUCUUGAAAGAAGCAGGGAUUAGCGACAACGGUAUUGCACUUGCCAUGUAUCAAAUUGACUAUGUUGCUCAGAUAACUUCUUCACCAAGUAAUGGGUAUUCUCCAGGGUGUGCUUUACAAGUGUCGUUGGAUAUUUUUCUUCGCGACGAGCCUCAUAUCGAAGAAGUGGUUCAAGUCUCGUUUGACGAGACAGCUGAUAUCUGUUUGGGACCCGCAAGCAAGCUCGUGGUCAAGUCCUUAACCAGGAAAAUAUACGACAAGAUUAAUUAUACAGGCGAAAGAUGCACAAUUUGUCUGGAAGAGUUUAACAAUGGAGGAAGACUUGUGGCUUUACCUUGUGGACAUGACUUUGACGAUGAGUGUGCCGUAAAGUGGUUUGAGACCAAUCACGUUUGUCCACUAUGUCGUUACGAGUUGCCAUGUGAAGAAGAUCAAUGAUGAAACUAGUCUUUAAAACUAUGAUAGAAUUUUUACGAGCUUAAUUUUCUAGUUUUUUUUUUUUUUUUCAGACUAUUACGAGAUUUUCUGGUUUCUUCUAAUCAUUCUACAACAAAAGUUUUAACAAUAA